AUGGAGGCGCCGGAAGGCGGCGGUGGCGCGGCCGAGCUCGGCGCCCAGGGCCCUUCCCCUGCGCCCGGCAAGGCCUCCGGCGGCGCCGGCCACUACGAGCUGCCGUGGGUUGAAAAGUAUAGACCAGUAAAGCUGAAUGAAAUUGUCGGAAAUGAAGACACUGUGAGCAGGCUGCAGGUCUUUGCAAGAGAAGGGAAUGUGCCCAACAUUAUAAUUGCUGGGCCCCCAGGAACUGGGAAAACUACAAGCAUCCUGUGUUUGGCACGAGCCUUGCUGGGCCCGGCACUUAAAGAUGCCGUCCUGGAACUCAAUGCUUCCAAUGACAGGGGCAUUGACGUUGUGAGGAAUAAAAUCAAAAUGUUUGCCCAGCAGAAGGUCACCCUUCCCAGAGGUCGGCAUAAGAUCAUCAUCCUGGAUGAAGCAGACAGCAUGACUGAUGGUGCCCAGCAAGCCUUGCGGAGAACCAUGGAAAUCUACUCCAAAACAACGCGCUUUGCUCUUGCAUGUAAUGCUUCGGAUAAAAUCAUAGAGCCCAUUCAGUCCCGGUGUGCAGUGCUCCGCUACACAAAGCUGACAGAUGCACAGAUCCUGGCGAGGCUAAUGGAUGUUAUUGAGAAGGAGAAAGUGCAGUGCACUGACGACGGCCUGGAAGCCAUCAUCUUCACUGCCCAGGGGGACAUGAGGCAGGCGUUGAACAACUUGCAGUCCACUUUCUCGGGAUUUGGCUUUAUCAACAGUGAGAAUGUGUUCAAGGUCUGCGACGAGCCCCACCCCUUGCUGGUGAAGGAGAUGAUCCAGCGGUGUGUGAAUGCCGACAUCGACGAAGCCUACAAGAUUCUUGCUCACCUGUGGCAUCUCGGCUAUUCAUCAGAAGACAUCAUUGGUAACAUUUUUCGAGUGUGUAAAACCUUCCAAAUGGCAGAAUACUUGAAACUGGAGUUUAUUAAGACCUGGCACCUGGAAGAUGCUCAGUGUUCCUGACUGCAGUGGAAGUGGGGGUUGGCCGGCUGUCCGAGGGCCCGGAGUUUGUUUAAGCCAGCUCUGCCAGUCAGUGGCCUGAGUGUUCCAUAGGGCUUUUUAAAAAUAUUUUUAUUUUUAUUUAGGUCAGGCUAAUUGAGGUAUAGUUUAAUUGCUUAUAGGUACGUUAUGCUGACAAACGUGUUCUAGUUAUAUAAGCACUACCGCAAUCAAGAUAAAAAAGUUCUGUUUUCCCAAGAAAAUUUAUUGGGACCCUUUGUGAUCAACUCUUUUCCUUAGCCCCUGGAAACCACUGAUCUAUUUUCUGUCCCUAUAAUUUUGGACACAGAAUUUUUGAGAAUGCAUAAAACGGAAUCAUGCGGAAUGUAGCCUUUUGAGUCUGGUGUCUUUAACUUAGUGUAAUGCAUUUCAGAUUUGUUCACGUUACAUGUAUCAGUGGUUGGUUCUUCUUUAUUGCUGAGUAGUAUUCCACUGUAUGGAUGUGCUACAGUUUUUCUGUUCACCAGUUGAAGGACACUUGGGUUUCCAGGUCUUGGUGAUUAUCGGUAAAGCUACUACAAACAUUUGCAUACAGGAACUAGGGUGAAUGUGAACAUAAGUUUUCAUUUUCCUUGGGUAAAUUCCCAGGAAUGAGAAUGCUAAGUGUUCCCUUUUACUCUUGUGAACCUCCCGGCAUCUUCCUUUGUCUUGUCAUGUUGUGCUGACAUCCUCCUCAUCGUGUAUGGCCUUUCCCUUCACCCAGGUGAAUGCCUGUCGACUGUCUAGUCGGUGAUUUCCCUCCCUCUCCUCUCAUCCCUGGUAACCGUCAGAGAACGUCUAUUUCUGUGUGUAAGCCUUUUCUUGACUUUUUAUAAUAGUGGUCUCGUACAACGUUUGUCGUUUUGUGAUUGAUUUAUUUCACUCAGCAUAAUGCCCUCCAGGUUCAUCCAUAUUGUGAGAUGUUUCACGGUUGCGUAGUAUUCCAUUGUGUGUAUAUACCAUGGUUUGUUUAUCCAUUCGUCUGUUGGUGGGCACCUAGGCAUUUCCAUCUUUUUGCUGUUGUGAACAUUGCUGCAAUGAACAUGGGUGUGUACGUAUCCAGGUCACGGCUCUUAUUUCUCUAGGAUAUAUACCUAGUAGUGGGAUUGCUGGAGCCCUGGUGGUGCAGUGGUUAAGCGCUCAGCUGCUAAACAAAAGGUUGGCAGUUUGAAUCUGUCAGCUGCUCCCUGGAAACCCUAUGGGGGCAGUUCUGCUCUGUCCUGUAAGGUCGUUAUGAGUCAAAAUCGACUUGAUGGCAGUGGGCUUUUAGUGGGAUUGCUGGAUUGUAAGGUGUCUCUAUUUCUGACUUUCUAAGGAAGUGCCAUGCAGUUUUCCACAGUGGUUGGACCAUUUCACUCUCCCACCGGCAGUGUAUGAGACUUACCUCCCUGCACCCUCACCAGCAUUUUUUCUUUCUUGGGUCAUUUCCAUCAUUACCAGGGUGAGGUGAUACCUCAUCGUUGUCUUGAUUUGCAUCUCUCUAACGGCUAAUGAUUGCAAGCAUCUCUUCGUGUGAUUGUUGGCUACCUGAGUGUCCUCUUUGGUGAAGUGUCUGUCCGUGUCCUUUGCCCACUUCUUAACUGGAUUGUUUUUCUUUUUGUUGUCGAGGCGGUGAAGUUUUCUUUACAUUUUAGAGAUUAGUCCCUUGUCAGAUAUGUUGCCAAAAAUGUUUUCCCAGUCGGUAGGUUCUCUUUUGGAGAAGAGGCCUUUUGAUGUACAUGAAUGUUUGAUUUUCAGGAGGUCCCAGUCUAGUGCUUUGUCUUGUGCUGUGUGUGUAUUUUUUGUUAUAUUUGAUAGUCUAUUUAUGCCAUAAAUUGGGGCCCCUAGGUUUGCCCCUAUUUUUUCUUCCAUAGUCUUUAUAGUUUUAGGUUUUACAUUUAGGUCUUUGAUCUAUCUUGAGUUAGUUUUUGUGUAUGGUGUGAGGUAUGGAUCCUGUUUGAUUUUUCUGCAAAUGGACAUCCAGUUGUGCCAGAACCAUUUGUUACAGAGACUGUCUCUUCCCUCCUUAGUGGAUUUCAGCUCUUUGUUGAAGACCAGCUGUCCAUAGGUAGAUGGAUUUAUUUCUGUGUUGUCAGUCGUUCCUUUUUUAAAGUUUUAUUUAUUUUAUUGUUGUUUGAGAAUAUACAUAGCAAAACAUACACCAAUUCAACCAUUUCUACAUGUAUAAUUUAGUGAAAUUGAUUACAUUCUUCAAGUUGUACAACCAUUUCCUCACUCUCCUUUUCUGAGUUGUUCCUCCCCUACUAACAUAAACGCACUGCCCCUGAGGUUCUGGUCUAAUCUUUUGAGUUGCUCUUGUCCAUUUGAUCCCAUACAGAUAGUUCUUAAAAGAGCAUGAUGCUCAAGGCAGACAUUUUUUACCAGUUAAGCUAAAGUGUUAUUUGGUUUUAAGAUGGCUUCAGGGGAUAUUUUUGUUUUAAGCUUUAAAGAUUAUCUCAGGGCAAUAGUUUCAGGGGUUCAUCCAGCCCCUGUGGCUCCAAGAAGUCUGGAACUUCAUUCCUUUUCAUUGUUGAAUAGUAUCCCAUUGUACGGGUGUACCACCUUUUGUUUAUCUAUUGGUGGACAUUUGUGUUGUUUCUAUUUUUCUGCUAUUGUGAAUAACGCAGCUGUGAGCAUUCAUUUAUAAGUUUUUGUGUGGAUGUGAUGUUUUCAGUUCCCUUGGGAAUACACCUAGGAGUGGAAUUGCUAGGUCAUAUGGUAAUUCUGUGUUUAGCUUUCUGAGGAAUCACCAGGCUGUUCCACAGUGGCUGUGCUAUGUUUGCAUUCCCGCCAGCGGUCCUCCUGGUGUGAAGUGGUGUCUCAUUGUGAUUCUUCGAUUUGCAUCUCCCUAACGACUGAUGAUGUUGAACACGUUCUCAUGUGCGUAUUGGCCAUUUGUAUAUCUUCUUUGGAGAAAUAUCUUUUCAAAUCCUUUAUCCAUUUUUUAAUUGGGUUGUUUAUCUUUUUAUUGUUAUUACUGAGUUUUAUUUUUCUGGUGUUUUCAUUUUACUGUCUUGUAAUUUCUCCAUCUUUUUGUGCACGUUGUCCACUAGAACCUUAAGAUAUUAAUCAUGUUGUUGUCAGGUGCCGUUGAGUCACUUCCGACUCCUAGAGAGACCCUGUGCACAUAGAACGAAACACUGCCCUGUCCUGCGCCAUCCUCCCAGUUGUUGGCUACGCGUGAGCCCAUUGUUGCAGCCACUGUGUCAGUCCAUCUUGUUGAGGUUCUUCCUCCUUUUUACUAACCCUCUACUAAAACAAGCAUGAUGUUCUUCUCCAGGGACUGAUCCCUCCUGGUAACAUGUCCAAAGUAUGUGAGACGAAAUCGUAGUUGCUUUAAAUUCCCAGUCUGAUAACUCUGAUGUCCGAGUUCUGUCUCAUCAGGUUCUGCUGAUUGCUUUGUCUCUGGAUAGUGGGUUGUUUUUCUUGCUUUUUUGUGGGUUUUGUAAUUUCUAUUGAAUGCCAGACAUUGUGUAGGACAUUAAAAAACUGACCUAAAUCGUGUUUACGCCUGAAAGUGGGCACACCUUUUCUUCUGCUGGGCGUUGUGUGGGGUUUGAGUCAGUCUUGUCAGGAGUUGACCUGCGUUUGAGUUUCUGGUUGUUAGGACUACCUCCAUUGUACCACCGCCUUCAGCUUUAUUGUUACC